UCUAAUGCAGAACAAGCUGUACUUAUAAGCUUUUAAUCUGACUGUCCUUGCAACAAACGACAGCCCAGGAGACAGAGGGAGGGACCCAAAGCAGCAUGAUAGCUCGAGGCAUCCUGGGGCUCGUGCGACCCUUGCGAAGUGGACUGAACAUGAGCAAAAUUCGCUUCAUUUAUCUCGGUGGGGUGACUGAGCAGCAUCACAACCCAGCAAAGUGGUGCUCAGAAAGAGGCUUCAGCUCCACGCACAGGCUGCAGGAUGCCCCUGGGGAAUCGAGCUCUGCAGGUCAGGUGACGGUGCAUUUUAUAAAUCGGGAUGGAGAGCGACUUACAACCACAGCCAAAGAAGGGGAGAGUUUGCUGGAAGUGGUAGUCAAUCAAAACUUGGCCAUUGAUGGAUUUGGUGCAUGUGAAGGAACAUUAGCCUGCUCCACCUGUCACCUCAUCUUUGACAAGGACACCUUCCAAAAGCUUGAUGCCAUCUCAGAUGAAGAGCUGGACAUGCUGGACUUGGCGUACGGACUCACUGAGACAUCACGCCUUGGCUGCCAGGUGUAUGUUAAGAAGUCAAUGGAUGGUCUGACGGUGCGGGUCCCCAUGGAUGUGUCAGACAUCAGGAGACAGCUGGAGGUUGGAAAGCAAAGCAAACAGUAACUGGAAAUGACUCCUGCACAGCUCACAUCCUCAUUUUAGGUGUGGCAGGGUACUUUGCUUUUUGUUGACAAUAUUGCUUUUUGUGGCUGGCUUGCAGUAGACCAUAGAGGUUUGAUUCAGUAUAAAAUGCCUGUUUGGCAAAUCCCUUAUUUAAACAAGUUUUAAUAGUUAAUAGGGUCUUUGGUACGUGUUUUAAGUGCUUAGAUGCUCUGCUGAAUGCAACUGGACUAAAGUGUACGGCUUUAUAUUUCCCUGAGUGAGUGUCAGUAAACAUCUAUGCUGUAUGUGACUUGCCCUGUCCUUUGAAAUUUAAUAAUUCUGCUAUUAUGAGUAACUGCUCAGAAUUUUCCAAGGCUUGGCUCUUUAAAAGUGGAGCAGAUUUUUCCCAAUAUGGGAAGCUUAAGAAGAGAUAGCUGUUCACAGGUCAGUGUACUGAUGGGUUUGAUGUUGUAGGUGGCCUGAGUUUGGUCAGCAAGAGCAUACUGAUAACAUUUGCAUGCUGACUGUUCCUGAAAGCAGGAACCACUUCCAUGAACUUGAGAUGUUACAGGUCCCUGAAUUGUUCCAUUCUGGGAUCACCCACUGUCUCCAAAUGUUAAAUUUUCCCAUUGCUGUACUACCGCACAUGUCAAAUAAAAUUCUAAUAAGGAG